AUGUUAUAUAUGAAUUGUGCUGCAGCUCGUAUAGAGGGAUGUGAUGGCCAUCAUUUCACUGAUAUGACUCCAAAAGAGGCAUGUCUUGAAUAUUAUACACGCCUGAAUUCUUCAGAAGGAUGUACAAAUCCGAUGUUAAGUGCGGAUUUCAAAUCUGUUGGUUAUGAAUUUCAAUACUUCUGUGAUUCUGCAAAUAAAGUGAAGCUAAGCAUAUCGUUGCAAAUGAUUGGAAUUAUGUUUGGAGCAAUGACCUUUGGACAGUUGUCGGAUACCUUUGGUCGUAAAGCAAUUCUUAUGUUUGGAACGAUAGGCUUAAUUGUUAGUGGUUUGGCUUCAACAUUUGUCAGUGAUUUGGUAACUUUCACUAUUGCUCGAUUUUUUGUCAUGUUCUUCACUGGCGGAAAGCACAGCGUUUCUUACGUAUUCAUGAUGGAAAACUUGCCAGCUAAGCAUCGGAUGUGGAUGGUUACUGUUAUUACUUAUUCUCCAAAUUACAUUGUGUUCACUGCUUUGGCUUAUUUGACGGGAGAGUGGCGCUUACUGUCACGUGUAGUUGCUCUUAUAACAUUCCUUCCUGGAAUCUUGUUAUUAUUUGCAUAUGAAAGUCCACGAUGGUUAGUUCAGAAAGGGAAAAUCGAUGAAGCACGUAAGGCAGUCGUGGGUAUGGGUAAAUGGGAUAAUAAAAAUACACCUGAACGGUUGCAGGAGUUAGAUGCUUUGCUAGAUAAGGAACGUGAGCGUUUGAGAGAGCGUAUUUCUCAUUGGUGUAUUCAAUUUUAG